GAUAGAGCUACCAUUGCCAACAUGGCUCCAGAAUAUGGUGCCACCAUGGGAUACUUCCCAAUCGAUCACAAGACUAUUGAUUAUUUGAACUUAACAGGUAGACCAGAAAGCAAAGUUAGACAAAUUGAAACUUAUCUCAGAGAAUAAGGUUUGUUCCGUGAUUACAAGAGUGGAAAUGAUCCCCACUUCUCUGGUGAUGUUUUAGAUUUGGAUCUUGCCUCAGUCUAACCAUCACUCUCAGGACCAAAGAGACCUCAUGAUAGAGUACCAUUGGCUGAAAUGAAGAAAGAUUGGGCUUCUUGUCUCAACAAUAAGGUUGGAUUCAAAGGAUUUGGAAUUCCUUAAGAAAAAUAAACAGAUGUUGCAGAAUUCACAUAUCAAGGAUAGAAAUAUUCUCUGUAACAUGGAAGUGUUGUUAUUGCUGCUAUUACAUCAUGCACAAAUACAAGUAAUCCAGAAAGUAUGAUUGGUGCUGGUCUUUUGGCUAAGAAUGCUGUUGAAAAGGGAUUGAAAGUUAAGCCAUACAUCAAAACCACUCUCUCUCCAGGAUCCAAUGUUGUUACUAAAUAUUUCGAGGAAUCUGGUGUCAGCAAAUAUCUUGAUUAAUUGGGUUUCACAACUGCUGGUUAUGGAUGUAUGACUUGCAUUGGUAACACUGGAGAAUUAGAUAACGAAGUUGCAGAAGCCAUUAAAAAUAAGGAUUUAGUUGCUGCAGCUGUCCUCUCAGGAAAUCGUAACUUUGAAGCCAGAAUCCACUAAUAAGUUAGAGCCAAUUAUCUUGCAUCUCCACCAUUGGUUGUUGCUUAUGCAUUAGCUGGUACAGUCAACAUUGAUUUUGAUACAACACCAAUUGGAACUGAUAAAAAUGGAAAACCAGUAUUUUUGAAAGAUAUCUGGCCAAGCAGAGAAUAAUGUGGUAAGGCUGUUGAAUAAGCACUCAAACCAUAAAUGUUCAGAGAUAUCUACUCAAGAAUCGCAUAAGGAACUGAAAGAUGGAAUCAAUUGAAAGUCAACAAGACAGAUCUUUAUUAAUGGAAACCAGAAUCCACUUAUAUUCACAACCCACCAUUCUUCUAAACCACAGAAUUGAAUCCAAAAUAAGUCUAACCAAUUAAGAAUGCUUAUUAUCACAUCUCACCAGCUGGUUCUAUUUCUGAAAACUCCCCUGCUGGACGUUAUCUUAAGAGCAAAGGUGUUGCCAAAAAGGAUUUCAACACCUAUGGUGCCAGAAGAGGAAAUGAUGAAAUCAUGGCCAGAGGUACCUUUGCUAACACUCGUAUCAUCAACAAGUUGGUCAGUAAGGUUGGACCUUAAACUGUCUAUGUCCCAACAGGAGAUGUCAUGGAUGUCUUCGAUGCAGCUGAUAAACACAUGAAAGAGGGAAAUCAAACUAUUGUUUUGGCUGGUCAAGAGUAUGGUUCAGGAAGUAGCAGAGAUUGGGCAGCAAAAGGACCAUAUUUGUAAGGUGUUAAAUGUGUCAUCGCAUAAUCAUUUGAGAGAAUCCACAGAUCCAAUUUAGUUGGAAUGGGUAUCCUACCACUUGAAUUCUUAAAGGGAGAAAGUGCUGACACUCUUGGAUUAACUGGAAAAGAAUAAUUCACUAUCAAUGUCAAUGAAAGCAAUUUAACUCUUGGUUAAACAUACACUGUUGAAACAUCAACUGGCAAGAAAUUCUAGGCAAAAUCCAGAUUAGACACUGAGGUUGAAAUUGAAUAUUACAAACAUGGAGGAAUCUUAUAAUAUGUGUUAAGAAAACUCGUCAAAGCAUGAUAUAUAUAUGCAUUCAAAUAAUAUAAAUUACAUUC